CUGGGACGAGACGUUGAGAACUACAACUGGCAUAUGGACCACAAAGGGAGACACGGCGUUUAGUUGUGAACACGUCCCACUUCCCCCCUUAGAUGCGUUAUUGAGCAUGGGGAGCUGAUUGAGUUGCCACUUCGCUCUUUGCCAUGAAACGAUCAGACAAGUUGCGCGCCUUGGACUCGACGUGGACUCCAGACGAGGACGACAUCCUCCGUCACGCGGUGUUCGAACACGGAGGCAAGAAGUGGAAGGUGAUUGCGAUGGAGUUUCGACCCCCUCGCACGCCCAGCGACUGCCAGCACCGGUGGAAUUAUCUGCAGAACCACGGAACCAAUGACAAGCAAGCAUGGAGUGCCGCCGAGGACGACAGGAUGGUGAAACUCAUUCACAAGUACGGCGCAGGCAAGUGGGCGGUGAUUGCGUCGUACCUUCCAGGUCGCAAUGGAAAGCAAUGUCGCGAACGGUGGCACAAUCAACUCAAUCCUGCGAUUAAUAAGACCCCGUGGACCGACGAAGAAAAUGAGAUAAUUCUGCAUAUGCAGGCCACAUAUGGAAAUCGAUGGGCCAAGAUUGCUGAGCGAUUGAGGGGUCGAACGGACAACGCGAUCAAGAACCACUGGCACUCGUCCAUGAAGCCCCAGUUGAAAAAGGCUCACAAAGGCGUGGUUAAUCCAUACCAAGCACGCAAAGUCCAGCUCCCCUCGCCCCCAAAAGCUACAAUGACGACACCUGCUCCACCAAAAGCCACCACCAUUCCGCCCCUGGCAGCCCCCAAAGCCCCCCUCAUUUUGACAACCUCCCGCUCUCGUGCGACGCCGAAUACGCGAAUCAAACAGGAGCCAAAGGAGGAAUCUCCUCCCAUUCCUUUCAAGCCUCCGGCCCCACCCUGCGCCGAGCCUUCAGGGUCAUUGUCGCCCAUCGUUGUCUCCCAGUUUGACUGGAGCACCACCACACACACGUCGUUGGACAAUUGGCUGGAAGAUCUGCCCGACGACAACUCGUUGCUUGCGCUACCGUUGGCAGAUGCGGCGUUCUUCGCCAUGCCCGAUUAUGUAUUUGCCCACUCCUUUGACGUGGACGCCAUCGACAUGACUGAUUUCGUGGAACUGAUGUUGGCUGACGAAAUCAUGUAGCCACAGACUGCCCGUGGCGUGUGCUGUGUGUCCUCUGCGUAGCGUCCCAACGUUAACAUAACACGG